UUAUAUGAUUUUAAGUCAUAAUCCAUUCGCAUACACAUUUAAUUAAUUCUCUUUUGUGUUACAACACGUACAGAAAAUUUGUUGCUGCAGUGAAUUUUAAGAGUUGGUAACUCUGUUCGGAUUGAGUUCCACAAUAAUCCACACAUCGUACUCAAACCAUUUACAGCUGUAAAUGACACUUUGAGAAGUGAAAUACAUUGCAAGUUUUUAUGUAUAAAAGUGUAGUUGAGACUAAUUAAAAUAAAAAAUAAUUGAUAUAGUGUUUUUGUUUAAUAUGUAAUUGUUUUAUGCUAAAGUCCUAACAACUUGGCUAUAUAAUUUUCAAGUGAAAUUAAACAUUUUCAAGCAUCUAAACAUUGCGGCGUUGUACGCCGUAUCAAACAGUUUUCAUCGCAGUCACAAAUGCCGAAAAGAGACCUAAACAGAUAUAAAAAUAAUAGCAAUAACGAAGAUAUACCCAGAAAAUAUAAUAAGUUCUCAAAAAGUGGAAUGAAUAAUAAUCGAAAUUCAAAUAAAGAAAGGCAGAAUUUGCCUGAUGCGGAACGCCUCCCAUUAGAGCAAUUAGUUUCUGCAUUCAUACAGAGUAAUGAAGGAGAAAUCGCAUUGCCAGGUUUGUCAAACAUAGAACGCAAGUAUUUGCAUCGUUACGCCAGCGCAUUGCGGCUGACAACUAAGAGUUAUGGUAGCAAGAAUAGCCGUGUACUUUACUUAACAAAGCAAAAAACCGCAAUGAUUGGUAUUAAAAAGAAAUUGGAACUGGCCGCAGGAACUAAAACAUUACUUGCCAAUGUAUUGCCCAGUUUGAAAGAAGAAACACGCAAAUUGCAUUCCCUAAAUGAGACAUCAGCAAAUGUUCCUUUGAACAGUCGCUAUCGUGGUGAUGCACUGUACUUGCAUUUGGGUCAACGUUUAGUGCCACCACGUUCUAAUCGUAUUAAAAGUGAUAUGUAUCGCGAAAAACAAGAGCUGCCCAUAUAUCAAUAUCAAGAUGAGAUCUACCGUUUGCUGCAAACUAAUUCCGUUAUCAUAAUUAGUGGCGAUACCGGCUCUGGUAAGACUACACAAGUUCCGCAGUAUAUAUUAAUUGACGCAUAUCAACGUAAACGUCCAUGUCGUGUGAUAGUCACACAGCCGCGUAGAGUAGCUGCAGUGUCGGUGGCACAUCGUGUCGCAGAGGAGCGCGGAGAACAAGUUGGUGAAACUGUAGGCUAUCAAAUACGCAUGGAAUGUCGUAUGCGUAAAACAUCAAAUUUAAUUUAUACUACAAGUGGUUGUUUUCUUCGCACGCUAAUGGCAGAUGCAAAUGAAAUUUUUCGUAAAACCACUCAUCUCAUUAUUGACGAAGUACAUGAACGUGACAAAUUCACUGAUUUUACGUUAAUUUCGGUGAAGGAGCAUUUAAAACGUAACAAAAAUUUAAAGUUGAUAUUAAUGUCAGCAACAAUGGAUAUAGUUUUGCUAUCGCGUUAUUUUGAUAAUUGUCCUAUAUUAAGAGUACCAGGACAGAGUUUUAAUGUGCAAAUCUAUUAUUUAGAAGAUAUACUUUAUCAUUCUGGUUAUCGCACAGCAUUGAUGGAGAAAUAUCUACGUUCAAUGGCAGAAAUAGAACAACAACAACUUGAAAUGCAACAACAAAAUUUCGAACCAGCUGAAUUGUAUGGUCAUUUAUCUUCUCCACUGGAAGAACCACCACAAUUUGUUGAUAAUAUAAUAGAUCAAUGUUGUGAUGUUAGUAAAACCACCGAGGAAUUAAUAACACUUUUUGAUCAGUUGAAAUUUAGUAUUUCAAGUGAGGGUUUAUAUGUCGAUACGCCACAUUCAGAAACAGGAAUAACACCUUUAAUGGCUGCUUGCAAGUGUAAUUUCCCUGAAUACGUAGAAUUUUUUGUUAAAAAUCAAGCAAAUGUACUCUUGCAAGAUUCACAAGGUUAUACGGCUGUUGAGUAUGCAGCAAAUUUUUCUGAUCGGGCAUGUACGGAAAUUCUAGAGAGAACUGAAUUUUGUUUGCAACAACAAUUACAGUUCACUGAUGAAGAUGUUGAGAAAACACAACUACUCACAGCAUAUCAAAAGCAGAGUAAUUACGAUAAUGAAGUCGAUCAUGAUUUAAUAUUAUCUUUGCUGGAAGGUUUAUAUCGAGGCACUCAUCCAGGUGCCAUUCUGGUAUUCUUGCCUGGUUAUAAUGAUAUCGUACAACAACGUGAUCUCAUAAAUAGUACAUUACCACCUGGUACAUAUAAGUUAUGUAUACUGCAUGGACAAAUGGAUUCUCAAGAUCAAAUAGAGGCAUUACAACGUCAUAACCAAAGAAAAAUUAUACUUUCCACAAAUAUUGGCCAAACAUCGAUCACUAUACCUGAUCUGGUAUACAUUAUCGAUUCAGGCAAAAUUAAAAUGAAAACUUAUGAUUCUAUAACUGAAUCUUCACAAUUACAAUCUGUAUGGAUCUCAAAAGCAGAUGCUAAUCAACGUUCUGGUCGCGCUGGUCGUACACAAAACGGCAUCUGCUACCGUUUGUAUUCAAAAGCUAAAUAUGAAUUUAUGCCACAAUUUUGCAUACCAGAAUUUAUGCGUAUACCAUUGGCGGAAAUUUGUCUCUACGCAAAAACUUUUGAUAAGAAUACUGAUUGUCAGACAUAUUUACAACGUGCACUGAAUCCGCCAUCGAAAGUUUGUAUACAAAAUGCUGUGAAAAAACUGCAAAUCUUACAAGUAUUCAACGAUGAUGAAAGUGUGACGGAUUUGGGCAAGCAACUUGUUGAGAUACCACUUGAUGUGCAACUCGGCAUAUGCUUACUCUAUGGUGUUUUCUUUAAAUGUUUUGAUCCAGUAUUAACAAUUGUAGCAUAUCACUCUGUGAAGGAUCCUUUUCUACUACCAACAGAUCGCUCUGCGCAAGGACAAGCUUCAUAUCAACGUAAACUGUUUUCAGCACAAAGCUUUAGUGAUCAACUUGGUGUGUUGGAGUUGUACAAGGCAUAUUCUACCGUUCGAAACAAUAAAAAACGUUGUUUCGAUUUUUGCAGUAAAAACUCUUUAUCUUAUUCGGCAAUGGAAAUGUUCUGCGCUACACGACGCCAAAUAUCCGAUCUAAUGGUGCAAAAGUAUCGUCUAGGACAUAAUGCAACAUUAUUUAAUGAUGAUUGGGAAAUGGUAAAAUGUUGCUUAGCUGCUGGGCUAUAUCCUAAUAUUGCCGUAUUAGAUCGUUAUAAAAAUGAACUUUCAUCUAGUGUAGAAAAGAAGCUUAUAGUACAGCGAACCUCAGCUUUGAAUCCACCAGGACAAAAGAAUCUAAAAGAUUUUAUACAUCAAUUGCCGCAUGAUUGGAUUAUCUUUUAUGAAAAGUCACGUGUGGGCAAGUUGUGCUCUAUUAACAUGAACACUGUUAUCUCACCUGUUGUCGUAGCACUACACUGUGGCAGAUAUUGCAAUAUAAACGAUUAUGGCGGCGAGAAUUCCGAUAAAUCUGAUGAUGAAGCAGAUUUCGAAGUUUUAUCAAAGGAAGUUCGUGAUCUUGCUUUAACAGAUGAUCAGCAGACAGUUAGUUUUAUCUUGGAUAAUUGGAUACACUUUGAGAUGAAUAGCAAAGAUGCGAAGAGUUUAAAAACUUUGCGCUCAGCUAUUAAGACAGAAUUUAUAACUUUCCUACGACGCGGUUUUAUAGAAUCAUCAACGACUGCUGUUUUUUGGUUACAAAAAUUGCUACAUACCUUGGAUCAGUUUACUAUAUCAUAAAAUAAUUAAAACUACAUAUUACUUUUAAUUUUAUAAUUAAUUUUCCAUAUAUUGAAAUUUUUACUUUUGUAAAUUUACAAACUACAACACACACAAGGUUAUAAAUUACUAUUAGCAUUAAGUUCACAUAUAACAAAAAAAAAAAAACGAAGAAGAAUGUAAAAUUUUG